AUGGCUACAAUUCUCAAGUUUGUUUACGCUAUGAUUCUAAUCUUUCCAUUAUUUUUCGUCGCACUUGAAGCUGGUGGUAAAGGAAAUUAUAGGAGGAUGAUGCUUUCGAGUAAUCUCAAAGAUGAGAGUAACAAACAAGAGAAUAAUAGAGAACAAGAACAUCCAAUGGACCAUGAAUUUGAGGGAGGGAGGGAUGGUCAUAAAAUAGAAUACUCAAAAUGUUUCCGAUGUGGAGAUAUCGGGCAUUAUGCGUUCUUUUGCACUUCAACCGAAAAGUUGUGUUUCAAGUGUAAGAAUCCAGGACAUUUUGCCAAAGAAUGUGAACAAGUGAAAGAGGAACCUUUAGCGAAUAUUGUUAAAGGAUAA